AUGGCCUCCUCUCUUCCAAACGAUUGUCUCGCCGACAUUUUUGAGAUUUUGAGCGAAGACAAAUUAACGUUAUACUCUUGUUUGCUCGUUAAUAGACAGUGGUGUAAAAGCGUCGUGCCCUUUCUAUGGAGAAAACCUUUUGACCUUUUAAAAUAUUUAACUUAUAAUAAACUUUCUACUCGACACCCCAAGUUAAUACAUUCAUACGUUGCUUGUCUUUCUGAAGAAGAACGAGGGAUGCUCAUCAAAAAUGGAAUAAAUAUACCCACGGAUUUUCCACCAACAACUUUCGAAUAUAGCACAUUCCUCCGCUAUCUUGAUAUUUCGGAACUAUAUCAUGCCGCUUCGUUAUGGUGUAUGUAUAUUGAUUGUAUUUAUCCGGUAACGGGCGAUGAUGACGAAAAAGUUAAUAAUUCUUCGACACGAUAUCCAGAAUGUGUUGGAUGUAUUGGACCUUACACCGCGAUGCGUAUUAAGCUCAAACGAGGACCUGUGAAGCGGCGACAACGACAAGCUGAACAGGAUGUAAGAAAAAGUGUCGAUCUAACAGAAUUAAUGUUAAAUCAAACACAACCUCCUCCAACCGGAAAAGUUUACCUUGUUUGGCAAUCCCUAUGUAAGAUGUUUAUGAGACGGUGUCUACUCCUCAGAUACCUAUGCAUCACGUCACCAUAUCGACAACCUGACGAUUAUUAUAUGGUUUCCGCAUAUCCUAACGCGAUUAAAUGCCUCUCGCAUCUGCAAUAUUUCGAAUGUGGUGGACGAUUCUUAAAAUCCCAAGUGCUCGAAACUAUUGCAAAAGUGUGUAGACAUUUACAGACGAUCAAAUAUUAUAUGUACCCUAAGGAGAACAAUCAAAUGACUAUGAGUGAAGUGAAUAGUUUAAUAGCGUUGAUUCAAAUACAAAAUUCGCUCUCUGAAUUUAUUAUUAUUCGAGGUGGAACACAACUUGGGAACAUAAUAAUGGCAUUGGGGCGUAGUCAAGCAACAUCCUUGAAAAGACUGGAGUUCAUACGAUGUGAUUUUGAACACUUUAAUUGGCUCAAAGAAUUGUCAACUUUCACCAAACUAAAAGAACUUAUUUUUGAUGGUUGCAGAAAUCUAUCCAAUAAUUUAAUCAGUACCUUAGAUACAUCCUCCUCCUUUCCCCGAUUGACUUUACUUAAGAGUUUGAACGGGAUUCUGAGUGCUGACGUGUGGAACGCGUUAAUAAGGAAUUCGGGAAGUAGUUUACAAAUGUUAGAUACUGGCCGGGGAAUGUCAAGUGGAUUAUGGCAAGAUCAUAUGAGAGUAUUAGAAACUAUCGGGCUGUAUUGUCCAAAUAUUACUCACUUUACGUCGUACACAUUUGUUGGCGUGACGCCCAAGCUUUUCGAUACGAUAGGCGGAUUUCAUCAACUUGAGGAGCUGAUUAUCGCACUUGAUCGAUUCUCAGAAUAUGAAGGUCGGGGAUUAUGUGUUAAUAAAUUCUUGACAUUAUUGGCUACACAUCUUGCACCAACUGUCAAGUUCUUGCAUGUAAUCACGAAAAAGCCAUGUAAUGUAGAUUCAUUGAGAGCUUUUAUCGAGAAAUUUCGGGGAAAAUUCAAAUAUUUUGGAAUGAAAGAAUUAUGGGAUGUAGAUGUUGAUACGUACGCGAGAAUCUUCAAAGAAUUAAACAAUGUACUAUUGCCUCUAGACAUGUAUUCUUCACGUAUCCGAGAGAUCAAAACGCCUGGUAUAUUUCUUUGUCGAUGA